AUCCUCCAUUCCCAAUCCACCAUUUCCAAUCCUCCAUUUCUCGUCUCUCUCUGCAGCUCCAAUGGCCAUGGCCGCUCAAGCAACCCUCUUCACCCCAUCACUCUCCACCCCCAAAUCCACCGCCGUUACCAUCCCAUGGAAGCAAUCCUCCACUCUCUCCUUCAUCAACUCCAAGCCCCUCAUCAAGCCUGCCGCAUCUUCCCGAAUAGUCAAAGUCUCAGCUGAGGCCGAGGCGGCGGCUACGGAGGCUCCUGCCGGAUUCUCCCCACCAGAGCUCGACCCAAGUACCCCUUCCCCAAUCUUCGCCGGCAGCACCGGGGGACUACUCCGGAAGGCCCAGGUCGAGGAAUUCUAUGUCAUAACAUGGGAGUCCCCGAAGGAGCAAAUCUUCGAAAUGCCAACGGGAGGCGCAGCCAUCAUGCGACAGGGCCCGAAUCUGCUGAAAUUGGCGAGGAAGGAGCAGUGUUUGGCUCUGGGGACAAGGCUGAGAUCCAAGUACAAGAUUAAGUACCAAUUUUACAGGGUGUUUCCGAAUGGGGAAGUUCAGUAUUUGCACCCCAAAGAUGGGGUUUAUCCAGAGAAGGUGAAUCCAGGCAGGGAAGGAGUUGGGCAGAACUUCAGGUCCAUUGGGAAGAAUGUGAGCCCCAUUGAAGUCAAGUUCACUGGUAAACAAGUGUAUGAUCUGUAAGAAAUUUCCUAUUUCUAAUGCUUUUCUUAUGACAUGAAUUGUUAUAAUGCUCUGUUCUCCUGAAUUCUGAUGUUUGUUCAUCCAAACAUAUCCUAUACAUGAUAUUCAUCGGUUGCUUUAACCCA